AUGGCAAAGAAAGGAGGUGUACAACAGCUGCAGGCCGACAUACAAACCGAUGAGGAUUUCGAGAAAUUCCUCGAGCGUCCCGGUUUAUUGGUGUUGGAUAUCUACUCGGAAUGGUGUGGUCCCUGCCUCGGCAUGGUAGGCAGUUUACGUAAAAUAAAAUUGGAAAUCGGUGGCGAUAAUUUGCAGCUUGCUAUUUGUAAAUCGGAUACGAUCUCUUACCUGAAACGUUUCUGCAAGAAAAGUGAGCCCACAUGGAUGUUUGUUACUAAAGGCAAAUCUACAAAUCUACUAUUCGGAUCCAACACGCCGAAACUUAUGAAACUUAUCGCCCAAGAGCUGGAAAUGCUCAACAAACCACAACGCACCUUCUACGAGAUCACCGAGCUCCAGCCAGAGGAAGUAAUACGUCGCAAAAUCAAACAGGAUGCCGAAAUGGAGGCGAUUAGCAAAGAGAAGGCAGCGAAAAAGAAAAAGCGUCACGACUAUUUGAACUCCAUGACAGAUACCAUAAUCGAAAAUAUGCCCGAUAUGGGUGUGACCAUCUUCGGACCACAUAUUAAUCGCGAUAUGUACAAGAAGGUACUCGAACCGGCGGACAAUAUGAAGUUGCAGUGCAAAGAUCGACGCGUCAUUAGUGUUACUCGCGCCGACUUUGAUGUGGUGAACUAUGCAUGCCCGAAUCCCUUGCCCGAUGAUGUACUCGACCAAUUAGAUCAAAAGGAUUUGAUGAUGUGCUUUUGGAAAAUGCCAGAAGAUGAUCGUCGUCCCAUACCUGAAGUUUUGAAUACGUACGCGCACAUGCUGACGAAGGAGCGACAUGAAGUGGACAUGCUGACCGAGGAGGAGAUAGUGCAUCCACCUGUUCUAUUGCCUAUGGAUCUGACAAUCGAAAUCGAGUUAGAGGAGGGUGAAGAAUGGGAAGAGGAACCAGAACCAGAACCGGAACCUGUGCCAAAAAAGUUGCAUAUAAAGAACGAGGAAUCCGCAGCCCAAGCAGCUACUGCCGAGACGGCCGAGGGCGAGGAUAACGAAGGCGAAGAAGGCAGUGAGAACGCCGAUGAAGUUGGUGAAGUCGGAGAAGCGGACGAGGGACCAGAAAUACCAGAUUUACCUGACUUACCAAUGAAUGCGUUAGAUCUAGAUUUUGAUUUAGACGAUGAUAAAGAGCGCGAGGAAGAGCAGAAAGCAGAGCAAGUAGUUGAAGUUGUCGUCCAGAAACGCUACCGUAAGAAAGUCAUACGGAUACCUCCCAUCUGGGUGGCGGGCAAUGCGCGCACUCAUGCCGCGCUCAUUUAUGUAUUUUUCCGCCAACAAACAACAGGUUUCCUUCCACCUGAUCCGAUACCAGAGCCGCCACAUAUUAUAAUGGCAUUUGACGCUUAUAAGAAACGUGAUUUGUUGAGCGUAGCGGAGCGCUUGAAAGACGAUGUGCCGCGUUAUGGCUUCUUCAGCAAUGACGAAGCGGGCGAAGCGAAAUUGAUUGCGAACUCGGCGGCGAAAUAUGCAACGAUGCCACAGAAUCCCACGGACAAAAUUGUGUUCAAAGUUAACAAGCAAACCUCACACACAAUGCUCUCGUUGGCAACCUACGGUCCAAGCUAUGUCAGUGCGGAUGCGGUUAUUGGGUACGAAGAGGCGCUUAAAUUCUUCCCAGAAUCCUACAAGACCGCUGAGCAAGAGGCACUUGAACAAGCAGAAAAAGAAGCAAAACCGAAAAAGAAGAAGUCUCGUACGAAGGGCGAAGCAGCAGAACCGGUCACUACUACAAGCGGUGAGGAUAGUGGCGAAAGUCGCCCCCCAACUGCGCGAGAAGAGAGUGCAGAAGAUGAGUCGGCAUUGGAAGGUGGCGCAGCUGAAGCGAGCGAGCAACCGACAGUCGUGGAAGGUGGUGGAACAACUGCUGCCGAAGCGCCAACUGAAGGUGCGCCAGCAAACGAGGCUGCUGUACCACCCGGAGCAGAAACAAGUGGUAGCGGUGAAGCAGUUGGCUCUGAUCAAGUAUCAACAGAAGCAACACCGCCCCUAAGUGCAGAAGAAAAAACUCCCCAAGUGGCGCCGACUGAAGCUUCUACUGCUGAGUAA